AUGGCCCUUGACAACCACGUCCGCCGCUUCCACCCUGGUCUCCUCGGUUUCCUGACGGUGACCUCUAUCAUCUCGCUCGCCAUCUCUGCCUGGCUGCAGUCCCGCUACAAUUCGCACCACAACUACCCGAGCAUCUCCCUCCGUGACCGCAACACCUUCACGCUCUUCACCUCCGUCUGGACUAUUGUCUUCAACUUGAUCUUCAUCGCCCUCUUCAGCCGUGCCUCUACCCGUGGUGGCAUCCUCGCCAGCGUUGCCAGCCACUUCGUCAUCUUCUUCUUGACCUGGAUUUUCUGGCUCGCAGCUGCUGCCAGCUUGACCUCGCCCCUUUCGGGCGUCAACUGCUCGCACGCCGGCUUCACGUACUGCGACCAGCUCAUGGCUGAUAUGGCAUUCGCCUGGAUCAACUGGAUCCUCACGACCCUCUUCCUCGUUGCCCUGCUCGCUCUCGGUAUCCGUUCCGUACGCAGCGGCAAUGGCUACCGUGGUGGUCUCGUCUCUGGCGAGACGUACUAA